AUUCGUCCUGUCACUCCUGCCGAUUCCCCUGUAUUGAGCACUAUUUGUCUCGAAACUGGGGCGGCCGGAGCGUCAGCUGCUUCUCUCCACACCAUUCCUACACUACUCGGUCUGGUAUAUGCAGAGCCAUAUGCACACUUGAAGAACGCAUGGGGAUUCGUUCUCGAGGAGCAGACUGGAAGCAGAACGGAUGUUGUAGGCUAUAUUCUUGGUGCUCUCGAUACGGAAGCGUAUGAGAAAGAGCUGGAAACAAGUUGGUGGCCCUCUGUCCGCGAGGCACAUCCAAUCUCACUCGUUCAUCAUGAUCCGUCCGUUGACCCUUCAAACCAACCGCUCAGCCCAGCCGACAUUCGUUUAAUACAGCUCUUCCAUAUCCCUCCUAAGACGCCAGCACAACUGGCUCGGCUCGUCCCUGCCCAUAUGCACAUUAAUCUUCUCCGGCGCUGCCAAGGUAAAGGCUACGGUCGAAAGCUCAUCGAGCGCGCAAUUGAACACAUUCGGGAGCAAGGGCACGCCUACAAUUUAAGCAUUGAUCCUGCUAACACUCUGGCGAGAGAAUUCUACUUGCACAUGGGGUAU